GGCCACCGCAACCUCCCACUCUGCCGACCGCCGCUCCUCCCGCCCCUCCCCCGCCCCUCCUGGCCGGAUCGGCGUGCGCCUGCGCACGGGAGGCCGGAGGAGUCUUACCCUAAUGUAAGAUGGUGGCCCGUCUGGCUGUGGAACCCACCGAAAGCUGAGAGUCUGUCUCUCAGCCGUAAAGGUCGGACUCGCUGAAGCAAUCAGGCCCUGUUCUGAAGAGUUUUUCCCCCGACGCUCGUUCGGUGGUUUCUUGUGAGGACGCGGCAGCGCGUGGAGUCGGCUGAGGGAAAAGCGAGGCAAGGCAGGCGGGUUGUCAAAGUCCUACAUUUUAGCUUUCAGUGCUGAACUUCCUUCUCCCUUAAAUUAUUAUAAACAUUUGCUGCUGUUUAAUAAACGUGAAGAUGUCUCGCAGUCCAGAUGCGAAGGAAGACCCUGUGGAGUGCCCUCUUUGCAUGGAGCCCUUGGAGAUAGAUGAUAUCAACUUUUUCCCUUGCACCUGUGGCUACCAGAUUUGCCGAUUUUGUUGGCAUCGAAUUCGCACUGAUGAAAAUGGGCUUUGUCCUGCAUGUAGAAAGCCAUAUCCAGAAGACCCAGCAGUUUAUAAACCACUCUCCCAGGAAGAACUGCAAAGGAUAAAGAAUGAGAAAAAACAGAAACAAAAUGAGAGAAAACAGAAAAUAUCAGAAAAUCGCAAACAUUUGGCUAGUGUACGCGUCGUACAAAAAAACCUUGUCUUUGUUGUAGGUUUAUCUCAGCGCCUAGCAGACCCAGAGGUUUUAAAACGACCAGAAUAUUUUGGGAAGUUUGGUAAAAUACAUAAAGUUGUCAUCAAUAAUAGCACAUCAUAUGCAGGCUCACAGGGUCCAAGUGCCAGUGCUUAUGUAACCUAUAUCCGGUCAGAAGACGCUCUCAGAGCCAUACAGUGUGUCAACAAUGUGGUAGUAGAUGGCAGAACACUUAAGGCAUCUCUAGGUACAACAAAAUACUGCAGUUACUUCUUAAAGAAUAUGCAGUGUCCAAAACCUGACUGCAUGUAUCUUCAUGAAUUGGGGGAUGAGGCGGCCAGCUUCACAAAAGAGGAAAUGCAGGCGGGUAAACACCAAGAAUAUGAACAGAAGCUACUUCAAGAAUUAUAUAAAUUAAAUCCCAAUUUUCUUCAGCUAUCUACGGGUUCAGUUGAUAAAAAUAAGAACAAAGUGACACCACUGCAGAGCCCCAUUGACAAACCUUCAGAUUCUCUCAGUAUAGGGAACGGUGAUAAUUCACAGCAGAUAUCUAACAGUGAUACGCCUUCACCACCACCUGGUUUGUCAAAAUCCAAUCCAGUCAUCCCCAUCAGUUCAUCCAAUCACAGUGCACGGUCCCCUUUUGAAGGGGCAGUAACAGAGUCACAGUCGUUAUUCUCAGACAAUUUUCGCCAUCCCAACCCUAUCCCAAGUGGGCUUCCUCCUUUCCCCAGCUCCCCACAGACAUCCAGUGACUGGCCUACAGCACCAGAACCACAGAGCCUCUUCACAUCAGAAACAAUCCCAGUAUCAUCCUCUACAGACUGGCAAGCAGCUUUUGGCUUUGGUUCUUCUAAACAACCAGAGGAUGAUUUGGGUUUUGAUCCCUUUGAUGUCACUCGAAAAGCCUUAGCAGACCUGAUUGAGAAGGAACUGUCCGUUCAAGACCAACCUUCCCUUUCGCCCACAUCUCUUCAGAACUCCUCUUCACACACUACAACCGCCAAAGGUCCAGGCUCUGGAUUCCUGCAUCCUGCUGCAGCUACAAAUGCCAAUUCUCUCAAUAGUACCUUUUCAGUCUUGCCCCAGAGGUUCCCUCAAUUUCAGCAGCACCGAGCGGUUUAUAAUUCAUUCAGUUUUCCAGGCCAGGCAGCCCGCUAUCCUUGGAUGGCCUUUCCACGCAAUAGCAUCAUGCACUUGAACCACACAGCAAACCCCACCUCAAAUAGUAAUUUCUUGGACUUGAAUCUCCCGCCACAGCACAACACAGGUCUGGGAGGGAUCCCUGUAGCAGGGGAAGAAGAGGUGAAGGUUUCGACCAUGCCACUGUCAACCUCUUCCCAUUCAUUACAACAAGGACAGCAGCCUACAAGUCUCCACACUACUGUGGCCUGACAACAGAACUGAGAGGAGAGGAUUAGACUCUGGGGUGCUUGCAUGGGCAACUGGAUUUUUGCAUGAUUCCUUUAUGAUUUUGCUUUUAAUGUAUACACCCAAAAGAGCCAAUAUAAACGUUCCUCAUGCCUACAGCUAGCGUGUUACCUCAUAGUUGUUGAAGUAUUCCUUCAUUAGGCCUUUAACAUAAUUUAUUAGUGUAAUAAUUUUGGCAUUGUUUCUCAUGAGUGAUACUAUUUCUAACUCAUAAAAAUAAACUUGUAGUACUAAGAUCCCAGGUGAGAUUAGCUAGAAUUGUUGUUAUUUUGGCUCUAUUAUUGAAAAAUUAUACAAAGGUAAUGGUAGUACCUUGUUUUCUGGUUUGUGAAAAAAUAAUAUUCUAAUCUCCUGAAAAAUUUGCAAAUUAACAAGAUAAUGUCUAUUGCAUUCUUUGAAUACUUGAGAAGAAAGAAUACAUAUAAAACAAAAUUGGUGGUGUCAUUUAAUGCUCAGAAGGAUAUUGUUGGCGAUUGUUUUUAGUUGUCUAGAUUUAUAUCCUAUAAUAUGCAUUACAUGUGUAGAAACUGUUUUGUUCUCUCUCUUUUGCACUUUUGCACUUUUUGAAUGGUUGUUAAUUAUGCAUAGAUGGUUAAAAGAUAAUUAUUGUAGCCUAAAUGCAAUAUAAUCUCUUUUCUAAUGCACUGCCUAGUAUACCAGGAAAUGCCUCAAAAACAGAACGUCAGUUUAUAGUUGACUUAUCUGAAACUUGAAUACGGAGUAAACUUUGUAUGUGAAAAGCAACCAUAGUAGUGUAACAUUGUUACUGAACAAACAGUAAUUCUGUGGGAUAUUGUUUUGGAAAUUUCAUUGUUUAAUAAUUAAAAUGUGAUAAUAAGAUAAUAUUAUAAGUACCUGACCAGAAUGAGACUAAGGCAGAAGAGAAGAGAUUGGAUGUCCUCUAAAAUUAGGCCACCUAAAUUGUAACAGAUAAUUUUAAUCAAGAGACUAGUGGAGUACUUUAUUAGGACAUAAUGUGAAGUGAUAUUUCUGAAAACACAUUUCUUGAAAUAGUUUUAAAACUGAUAAUAAAAGAAAAGAAACUGUACUUAGUUCGGAGCAGUGGACAAAAGCUGAUUCAGAAAACAUGACCAUAUUCUGCCUAAAUGAAGCAUCUGGGAAGAAAGGGAAAGUCACACCUCCUCUUGAGAUUUUAACCAUUAUGAUAAAAGGUAUGCUUUAAUUUGUUAAAAAAAAAGUAUGAAAGGGGAUAAUGUGAAUACAAAAAAAGAAGCCUAGAGAUUGAAAACAAUAAUAAUAGAACAUGUUAUUAGGAGAUGGUACUUAAUGUCAUGUUGGAGUUGGAGUUUUCAAGGUUACCUCUGUAUAAAAUUGGAUUACUUUCUGUUAGAUAUAAUGUGACAAGUUAAAUGACUUUAUCCCAAGGUACAGUGAGGUAAACAAAAAUCUAUUCUUAGGUAUCCUUAGAUUUGGUUAACUGAGGCUGUAGAAGCAGCAAAUUGUCUAGCCAUUUAAGUUAUUUUUGUAAAAUUCAGCAUAAAUGUCAAUCUCUAAUUUCUAUCUAGAAGUGAGUUUAAGACAUUACAAGAACAUUGCCAAUUUGGAAAAUACCAAUAAAAUAUUGUAGACUUA